AUGCCCUUGGAGAAAUCACCAGCAGAUACAGAAAUCGAUACCCUACCACUGAACAAACGCAAAAGGUCCCCUUCUUAUUCGGAAGAUGCGCCCAAGAAAACCCCAAAGGCCGCGACUGAUCCCCUUCAAGGCCUGAAGACACGGAUUGAGGUGCUACAUGCAUGGAUCGAUACCUUGACUGAAGAAGAAAGUAAAUACAUCAAUCCGAAAAUAAUACCAGUCACUAAUAUAACCAACCAUUAGUAGACGAAUAUUGUGGUGUCAUUCCCAUACGUCUUGACGAUGGCUUUCAUUCCACAGAAGAGCUCGAGGCACAACUUGUACGACUUCACGAUUGUUACGAGAAGAUGUUACUAGGGCCACCAGAUUUCAUCUAUAGACUUCUCAAGAUAGAAAUCCCGGACGGACCAAGGAAAUUUUACAACGUCGUCCGCCGCGAAAUCGACAAUAAAUACCAGCUCUUUAUUUCCGCGGCUGCCGAUCAGCGCGCCCAGGAUGAAAAUGAAAACAUGCUCACAAGUGAUGACCUAGCCGAUGCUAUGCAGCCUUUUCUCGAAGACGUUAUACUUCUCAAAUAUCUUCCAUGUAGGGAGUUGGCCUUCAAACUUCUCUUGUAUCUCGGUUCGCGCUCAUACAUGGGCUUAGAGGACGGCCUUGGAGGCACAGGCGUCCGCUUAUUCGAUGACGGGGCAGAUUUUGAGGGCCGAAUGAUGACUGAAGAUCUUGCGGAACUAAUGCCAUUGUGGGAACCAUGGGACGAGAGCCUUCAAUUGAGACAAGAAGCGUUGGCUCUAUCCGAGGCUACGGGUAUUCCGGUAGAAGAUAUCGGGUAUUUCAAGGGAACUAGGCGUGCUUUGUAAGUGCUUGUUGAAGGAGUGGAGGGUGAAAGUCCCAAAGCUGUGUGUUGGUUAGGUGAUUGGGAUGAUUCUGAUGAGUCUGAGGAUGAUGAACUUAUGGAAUCUAGCGAGGAAGAGGAGGAAGAGGGGGAAGAUGAACGGUAUGAAGAUGAACAGGAAGGAAAAGAUGAUGAAGCAGAGUAA